UGUUUAUAUGUAGAAUUCAAUAAAAAAAUAUUGUUUAAAAAAAAUCUGUAAUAUCACAAAACACUGGUUUAUGAAUAGUGAUUGACAAAAAUCGAGUGACUCCAUUGAGAUGAAACUUUGUGCUAUUUCUGCUAUGACUUUAAAUCAUAAGGAAUAAACUCCUCCCUCUUGAGUUGCUCUACUGUCAACUAAAAAAAAAGAAAAACUCUCCCCAUGCAUCGGAAUGGUAGAAGGAGAAUGUGCAUGGAGGAGGACCCUGGUACGAUGUGGAGUAGCUGAAGUUGAUGAAGAGACUUAUAUAAAACAGUCCCAUUUAAAACUUACAUGUGUGGUAAAUGAAAGAGUAAUGAGGUCUCCAUCAGGACAGGUCAGACUCACUGACUGAUGGAAAUAGAGAAGAGGAAAAAGGGGAAAUCUCUUCGCUUCAAGCAGAAAAAGCAGCCAUGCACUACUGGCGGAGGAGCAACAUUUCUAACGCUUCUUUUUCUCGGCUGAAAAUGUAGUUUGUGUCUCGUCGCUCGGGCGGACCAUGUAGUAAAGUAUUUGCGCUUUAGCUUAGCAAUGUGGUAUGAUAUUGAGUCCGAUAUGUCUACUAAUAAUGUGACGCCGAGUAAAAGCGUGGAAUGGCUGCAGCUGGAGUUAGAGUCCGGGGCGACCUCUCUGCUCCUGCUGGACUGUCGUUCGCACGAGCUCUACGAAUCAUCCCACAUCGAGACCGCCAUCAACCUGGCCAUACCGGGGCUGAUGCUCCGGAGGUUCAAGAAGGGCAACAUACCGAUCCGGACCAUCAUCCCCAACCACGAGGACAAGGAGAAGUUCAUCAGGCGGUGCAAGACGGACACGGUGGUCCUGUACGAUGAGUGCACCGGAGUGGACUGGCACCAGGACAGCGGAGCUCCGACGUCCGUUUUGGGGCUGCUACUUCAAAAACUGUGGGAGGACGGCUGUAAAGCGUAUUACCUGGAAGGUGGAUUUGUAAAGUUCCACACAGAGUACCCAGAGCACUGUGAGACCCUCCUAGACAGCUCCUGUCCCAGCUCCUCUCCUCCGCUGUCCGUCCUGGGUUUUGGGAAUCUCCGGAUCAGCUCGGAUUGCUCCGAUGGGGAAUCCGAUCGAGAGCCGAGCAGCGCCACGGAGUCCGAGGAGAGCCCCAUCCCCAGCAAUCAGCCCGCCUUCCCCGUCCAGAUUCUCCCCUACCUUUACCUGGGCUGCGCCAAAGACUCCACCAACUUAGACGUGCUGGGCCAGCACAACAUCAAGUACAUCCUGAAUGUCACACCCAAUCUCCCCAACAUGUUUGAGCACGACGGCCACUUCAGGUACAAACAGAUCCCCAUUUCGGACCACUGGAGUCAGAACCUGUCCCAGUUCUUCCCAGAGGCCAUAUCAUUUAUAGAUGAGGCUCGGUCUAAACAGUGUGGCAUCCUGGUCCACUGCCUGGCCGGCAUCAGCCGCUCGGUCACCGUCACCGUGGCCUACCUGAUGCAGAGACUCAACCUCUCUCUCAACGACGCUUAUGACUUCGUCAAGAGGAAGAAGUCCAACAUUUCCCCGAACUUCAACUUCAUGGGUCAACUCCUGGACUUUGAGAGGACGCUGGGGCUGCACAGUCCCUGUGAUAACCGCUCAACCAACGAGGAGCAGCUCUUCUUCACCACGCCAACCAAUCACAACGUCUUCCAGCUGGACACGCUGGAGUCAACAUGAGGAUCGAUUGAUUGGAUGGCCUUUCUUGUCAUUUCCUGGGGUGUCUCUGAGGUUUUUUUCCGAGCCCGUCAGACGCCUAAAUAGCUGACACAAGUCAGUUACAGUAUUUCUGCACCAAAAGGAACUAUAUUGAUCUGUUAAAGGAGCCUGUGUCCCAGAGAACAUGAUCCAUUAGAUCCAGCCUGCCUGCCUUAAUUUCUAAUACAAGGAUGACUUUUGCUCUCAACCAUACAUGGCAUUAAUCAAUGGUCAUGUACGACCAUAAUAGCAGGACAUUUCAUAACUUUUCUAUUAAAUCUAGGAUUGACUGUUAUUUGUUAUUCACCAACUGUAAAGCGGAUGUUAAUGUGUGUCUUUGUAUGAGUUUUGAUUAUUGCCUUGAUGGUCUAAAAGGAGUCUUUGGCCAAUCCGAAUGUUUUCUGGGGACCAAUCCGAGAUGUUUUGAUGGUACUCUAGCUGAGGGAAAUAAGCUACUACAGUGAUCUGGCCUUGAAAUAUUGUCCUUCUUCUGAUAACUGUUGGCAGCUCACUUGCAGCAGAAUGGAGUUACUGCAGAAAGCAUUUUUUUGUGCUUUCACUCAGAAUACCGUCACUAAUGUCUGGUAAACACCACAAUGUUACGUAGUUCUUUAAAUACAAGAUCGAGUGGCCACUUUCUGUUAAAACAUCAAAGUUAAAACACAUUAUUCUCUAGAAACGCCCCUGUACAUUCUGUUGCUUAUAACUGCAUUAUUUGCAUGUGAUUGUGUUCUACCAAGGAUCUUGUUUUGUAACCUUUAGGUCACAUUUCCUGUUGUUGUUGUUGAGGCCUUGACCAUAACCUAACAUGAAAUUGAACCAUACGUCAGUUACUACCAGGUCAUGGUAUAGUGUAUAGGACUGGCUUUUGCCCCGAUUGAAAGGAACAAUUUCAGUGAGUAAUCAGUGUAUAAAGGAAUAGAUGUUGACCUUUGUUUUUACUCCGACAGUCUUCAGUCUGCAGCUACUCCUUCCGUGGCACAAUAAUGUUAAGGGAAACAUGAUGUGUGUGUAAUUAGCUGUUCUAUAUUGCCAGUCUUGUCUCAGAACAAAUGAGUGAGUUUGAUGUAUGAAAGGAAAUGAGUUUGACAAAAUGUGUUUUUACCUCACAAAGAGACAUUUUCAGGGAUUUUUAUACAAGUCAUCUGUGUCUCGUCAUGGCCUCUUAAAAAGUGCAUCCAAGGGCUGUUUCGUUUGGUAUGUUUGUAAAGAUGUACAUAAAAUGUGGUUGUCAUGGGGGACAUUUUCUUAAAAUCAUGAAGGAUGUGAAAGUGACCCUAUUUUGACCCUUAUGUAUAGUGUAUGUAAAGCUAAAUGUCCAAGACAUUCUGUACAAGUUUAUACAACAAAUAUAUUGUAUAUUUUUACUUGAA